UGGCCGAUGGACGGCAGCGGGAGCUUGUCUUCGAGUGCCGACGACGUCUUGAAGGCGGGCAGGUCGAGCACCUGUAGAAUCGACGGCCUCCGAAACGAAUCGAGGGCCUGGGGCCGCGGGAGGAUCGAGGUUGUGAGAGCGGACGCCGUGAUG